AUGAGCGCGGGCUCGGAGCGCCGGGCGGCGGCGGCCCCUGGCGGGGUGCCCGCGCCCCGCGCCUCGCGGGUGGAGCUGCGGCUCAGCUGCCGCCACCUGCUGGACCGCGACCCGCUCACCAAGUCCGACCCCCGCGUGCUGCUGCUGCUGCAGUCCCAGGGCCGCUGGGUGCAGGUGGACAGAACCGAAGUGGUCCGGAGCAGCCUGCACCCCGUGUUCUCCAAGGUCUUCACGCUCGACUACUACUUUGAGGAGGUACAGAAGCUGCGCUUUGAGGUCUAUGACACCCCUGGACCAAGCAACCUUGGCUAUCAGGACGACGACUUCCUUGGGGGCAUGGAGUGCACCUUGGGGCAGAUCGUGGCCCAGAAGAAGAUGACCCGCGCCCUGCUGCUCAAGUUCGGCAGGAAUGCCGGCAAGUCCACCAUCACGGUGGUCGCCGAGGACAUAUCUGGGAACAAUGGCUACGUGGAACUGUCCUUCCGGGCCAGGAAGCUGGACGACAAGGACGUCUUCAGCAAGUCAGACCCCUUCCUGGAGCUGUACCGGGUCAACGACGACCAGAGCGAGCAGCUGGUGCACCGCACCGAGGUGGUCAAGAACAACCUCAGCCCCGUGUGGGAGCCUUUCAAGGUGUCACUUAGCAGCCUGUGCAGCUGUGAGGAGACGCGGCCUCUGAAGUGCCUCGUCUGGGAUUACGACUCCCGAGGAAAGCACGACUUCAUCGGGGAAUUCUCCACCACCUUUGAGGAGAUGCAGAAAGCCUUCGGGGAGGACCAGGCCCAGUGGGACUGCGUCAAUGCCAAGUACAGGCAGAGGAAGCGUAGUUACAAGAACUCUGGGGUGGUCAUCCUGGCAGACCUGAAGUCCUACAGGGUUUACUCCUUCCUGGACUACAUCAUGGGCGGCUGUCAGAUCCACUUCACCGUGGCCAUCGAUUUCACAGCCUCCAACGGUGACCCGAGGAACAGCUGUUCCCUGCACUACAUCAAUCCCUUCCAGCCCAACGAGUACCUGCAGGCCCUGGUGGCCGUGGGAGAGAUCUGCCAGGACUAUGACAGUGACAAGAGAUUUUCUGCUUUGGGGUUUGGAGCCCGGAUCCCUCCCAAGUACGAGGUGUCCCAUGACUUUGCCAUCAACUUCAACCCUGAGGACGAUGAGUGUGAAGGAAUCCAGGGCGUGGUGGAGGCCUAUCAGAACUGCCUGCCCAGGGUCCAGCUCUACGGCCCCACCAACGUGGCCCCUGUCAUCUCCAAGGUGGCCCGCGUGGCAGCAGCCUCGGAGCGCAGUGGGGAGGCUUCCGUAGCACUACCACAUCCUGCUGGUGCUGACAGACGGCGUGGUGACCGACAUGGCGGAUACGCGGGAGGCCAUCGUGCGCGCCUCCUACCUGCCCAUGUCCAUCAUCAUCGUGGGGGUGGGCAACGCCGACUUCACGGAUAUGCAGACCCUGGACGGGGACGAGGGCGUCCUGCGCUCCCCGAGGGGCGAGCCGGCGCUCCGGGACAUCGUGCAGUUCGUUCCCUUCCGGGAGCUCAAGAGCGCGUCCCCGGCGGCGCUGGCCAAGUGCGUGCUGGCCGAGGUGCCCCGGCAGGUGGUGGAGUACUACAGCUACAAGGAGCUGCCCCCCAGAGACACCCCCGCCCGGGACACCGGCUCUGAGGGGGCUGGGCAGCCGGAAAUGCGGCCAGUCUCUGUCUCAAGCGCCCAUGGGGUGCCUUAGGCCCCCCACCUUCCAGAGCCCUCCCGUCCCCCCUCCCACAGGCCCACCCCUCAUUCCCCUGUGACCCUGCUGCCCAGGCCAGCCUCUGGGGGCCCCAGGGAACCCUGAAACAGGAGCUGAAGGUUUGGGGUGCGGGCGAUAUCCCCCCAUGCCUGGCCCUGCCCCAGCCAGCGCAUAGGGUCGGGGGUGGGGAGGGCUCCCUGAGAGAGCAGGGGGAGGGCCGGCAGCUCAGCCCAACACGAAGGGAAGCUUUUGGAUUGGGGGGUUCCUGCUUUGCUGCUGGUCUUCACUGGGGGGCCCGCAGGCUGCAUCCCAGCUGUGGAGGAAACCGGGGUGUCCCCAGAGUCCCUGAUCACAGCCACAUCCCUCUUGCUUCCUGCCUCCACCCCCGCUGCUCGCUCCCACCUCAGCGCCCAGGCCUUGGGGCCUGCAGGCGGGGGCUUAGGCGUAAUAAAGUGUCAUCUUGUC